ACAGCAUUAAUGUGGGCUGCCAGGUUUGGACAUGUGGAAGUGUGUCGACUUCUCCUGGAGAACAGAUGUAAAAAAGAUAUCACAUCAAGAGAUGGAUGGACAGCAUUAAUGGUGGCUGCCAGUGAAGGACAUGUGGAAGUUUGUCGACUUCUCCUGGAGAACAGAUGUAAAACAGAUAUCACAGAUAGAGAUGGAUGGACAGCAUUAAUAGUGGCUGCCAGUGAAGGACAUGUGGAAGUUUGUCGACUUCUCCUGGAGAACAGAUGUAAAACAGAUAUCACAGAUGAGGAUGGAUGGACAGCAUUAAUGUUUGCUGCCAGGUGGGGACAUGUGGAAGUGUGUCGACUUCUCCUGGAGAACGGAUGUAACAAAGAUAUCACAGAUAGUGAUGGACAAACCGCUUUACAUCUGGCUGCUAAGUGGGGACGUCUACAGACCACAAGAUAUCUCGUAGAACAAGCUAGUAUCAGUCCCUUGGUCAAAACACAUCAGGGUGAGACUCCGUAUGAUCUCGCAGCAGCAGAAUUCGGGCCAAAUAAAGAAGUGAUGGAAUACUUACAGACUGCUGUACUAAGGAUGAAAGAGUCUUCUAUGUUUGGCAGAGGAAGCUACGAAUCAUUUGACAUGCGCUGCAUGGUAACCGGCCAGUUCGCUACUGGGAAAUCAAGUCUUGUCAAGCUUUUAGUUGGAGAUAAUGUUCCAGAAGGGCGAUAUGCGACUGAUGGCAUUUCCCUCGUUGAAGGUCGCUGUGGACUCGAUAUUGAGACCAGAAGUUGGAUUAUGAUAGAUCCAGCAACCUAUAAUGCCUUGGAUGUGGUGUACAAUAAAGUGUUAAUGACCUCCAUAGAAGAAGAUGAAAGUCAACGUCAAACAAAAACACCAGAAAAACAGGAAUCAGUUGCAAAACCUGCUGAUAGUCAAAAUAAAGAAGAUACUAAUUCUCAGAAGUCAGAUGCUUCCAAGUCACCAUCUUUUCCUGUUGACCUAUCAGAUGGACCUUCUUCACAGCCACAAGCAGCUCAAUCUGUGUCCCCACAAACAUCAUCUAGUGAGUCUAAAAAACAGCAAAUGAAGACGAAAAUAAAAACAAAAAUGACCAAAAAGGAAAUAAGAAAGAGAAUGGAGAAAGUCUUAAAAACUGGGAAAUAUAAGAUGAAAGUUGGCAGGCUCAUCUUCUGGGACUUUGGUGGACAGUAUGUCUAUUAUACAACACACCAGACAUUCAUGACUUACAGAGCGUUGUUUUUAGUAGUAUUUGAUGGAAGCAAAAGAUUGAAUGAAGUAAUCCCUGAUGUACUGUGUUUUCCAGGACAGCACAUGAACCCAACCCCAGCAGUCUUUUUACUGCACUGGGUAAACUCAAUCCUCACCUAUUGUAAGGUGGUGUAUGCUGGUAUCCCUAAGAUAUUGUUUGUUGCCACCCAUAAAGACAAGGUACCAGUGGAGGAUGUUGAAACCAGACGUGCACUAUUGUACAGCGAAGUACAGGAAUUAUUUAAGGACCACGAGGGACGAAAUCAUCUUGUCCUUGACAAACAGAUAUUUGUCAAUGCAACUGAUAAAAAUGAUCAAGAAAUUGAUUCACUGAAGAGAGCCAUCACAGAGCUUACUUUCGAUCAUCCUUGUUGGGGAGAGAAAAUGCCUAACGCUUGUAUUCCCCUUGAACUUGAGAUUGCUGAAAUGGUAGCUGCAGGAAAGCAAAUCUUGUCAUUGGUAGAACUUGAAGAAUUGAAUUCAAUCAGCAGGGUGUCCGUUCUGGAUUUAGAUCAACUUCAUUAUUUCUUACACUUCCAUCAUUCCCUUGGCAAGAUUAUCUACUUUGAUACCCUUCAGCUCAGGGAUUAUGUUAUAAUUAACCCACUUUUCAUGGUGGAGGUUAUGAGAUCAUUUGUGACAGACAUAGGAUUUUGGCCAAAGAAUGGAAGAAUGCAAGUAAUUUUCAGUAGAAUGUCAGAAAGUGGUAUCAUACUCAGAGAAGACCUUUAUCAGAUUUGGGAACAAAAGGACUUCUGUCCAAUUUUACAGUACAAAGAGUUUAUAUUCAAUAUCCUCAUUCAUUUGGAUAUUCUGGCAGAGCAACGGAGAUAUGAUACAGCUACAGGAAGUCGGUUACCAGUAGAAAACUUCUUUGUUCCCUGUAUGGUGACAGAAAGAAAUACCACCAGCUUCAUGGACAAAGAAUGUACACCAGAAAGAGCAAUUUGUCUAGCCUUUGUUUUUAAAGGAACUGUUAUACCACCAGCUUUGCCCAAUCGUCUGAUCAGUGCGUGUCUGAGCAUGUGGACUCUGAAGCAGUAUGAAGGGAGAAAACUCCUCUUUUCAGGAUUCAUUGUAGUCUCAUUUGACAAGGCACACGAUGUUGUAGUAUGUGUCGAAGGCAACAAGAUUCUUCUUUAUCUAGUCCAUAAAACCUCGCCUGGACUUAUAGUACCAGAUAUUGCCACUUCAGUAAAGGAAUGCUUAGUUACAACAAUGGAGAGAAUAUCAGAUUUCUAUCAGUCCACGAUCCAUGCAACAUGCAGCCAACAAUCACCUUUCCAUAUUGAAUAUUCGUGUUCUAAGUUGAAAUGCUUCAUUAGUGAGAAGGAAGCUUUGCAGACCAAUGAAUGGGUUUGUGACACACAUAAACUUACACACAGACAAGGAAACUGGGUUGUUUGGAAUCAAGAUAAGAUAAAAGAACAGUGUGAGCUACAUUGUCCAGGUUUACAAGAUAGUGCCUUAGAUCAAAUUCCGAGUGAUGUUGAACUUCAUCGAUUAACAUCAGGAUGUGAUGAAACCACAAUACGAGAGUUGGCCAUACAUCUUGGUAUGACUUUGCAAGAUUGGGAAACACUUAGAUCUGAUAAUGAUCGGAUUGCGAUUGUAAAGUAUAGAAUACUGGUCAACUGGCGGGACAAAUACUCGGGAAGAUUUAGCAGAAUAGCAAAAGCUUUAACAGAUAUGGACUUACCGGUCCAUACACUGUGUCAGGUUAAAAGAGAAAGAAGAGCAGAGACAGACAUUCCUUUGGAAUAUCUAGAUUGUAUACCGACGGAUGAGAUACUAGAUAAACUAGCACCCCAAAUUGGUCAAGUAUAUUUUCAACUUGGCGCUGCUAUUGGGUUGUCAAUUGGAAUCUUGGAAAAUAUUCAGAAUAAUAAUCCCAGAGAUUUAGCAGCUCAGAAUAGAGAAGUAUUAUUCGCUUGGAGAGAAGACAAAACAGUGAAACCUACAAUACAAGUACUGGUACAGGCUUUAGUUAACAUUGGGAGAGGAGCUCUUUGUUUACAGGAAGUUUUAACGAAUGUUGAUCCUAAUACCCUUAGAGAAUCAGAAAAAAGUGAGAGAUAAAGGUGCAAUAUCCAAGAAAUUAAACAAAUGUUCAAUAGCUUGAAAGUGGAUACCACAGAGUCCAGUUACAACAAUAAUACAGGAGAAAAAGAAGACUACAGCUAAGGAGAAAACUAUAAAAUGCAAUCCGGUUUUAUUGUUUCUAAAAUACCUUCACUUUUGCAUUUUACUUGUUCCAUAUUUUCUGCGUGCAGCAGGUGACAUAGGUAUAGUCUUUGCCUGUCUGUUGUUCUUCCAUCUGAUACAACAAUGCUAAGAGACUGUCUGACAGAAAGCUUUCAUACAAUGUUCUUUAUCAUUUAUUUUCAUAUAUUUGUUUUCCGUACUGUAUUGUUAUUUAGAUUUCACAAUUGAAAGCGGAUUUAAUAAGAUUUUUUGGACAUUGUAACGCAAUUAUUUUUUUCUUUUGGAAUUGGUUUGAUCAGUAAAGACAGAAUAAACUCAUGUUUACUGUUCCAGUGUUAUGUUACUUGAAUGUUUGAAAAUAACUAAGUUUUGAUGUUUCUGUAUAAUCAAUGGAGAAAACCAUUUUCAUAAUUGAUUCGUAAAAUUCUGAAAUAGUGGCAACCUCGUGCAAUAUAAAACAAUACUCUAAACAUUAUUCAUGCAAUAAACCAUACUGUUGGAAAAUGUAUGUAUUCUUUAAGUGUAUGUUCCCUCAUAUGAUAAUGUAGUAUAAUAAUGCAGAUACUGUUCAUUUUGUUAAAUAGUUUGUAUAUAUAAACAUGAACAUGGACAUGAUUGCUUUUUAUACAACAAAAAAUAUUGCUAUCACGUUGGCGUCGUCGUCGUCCGAAUACUUUUAGUUUUCGCACUCUAACUUUAGUAAAAAUGAAUAGAAAUCUAUGAAAUUUUAACACAAGGUUUAUGACCACAACAGUAAGGUUGGGAUUGAUUUUGGGAGUGUUGAUCCCAAUAUUUUAGGAAUUAGGGGCCAAAAAAAAAUUGAAUAAUUGGGGUUCUUUGAUAUGCCGAAUCUAACUGUGUAUGUAGAUUCUUAAUUUUUGGUCCCAUUUUCAAAUUGGUCUACAUUAAGGUCCAAAGGGUCCAAAAUUAAACUUAGUUUGAUUUUGACAAAAAUUGAAUCCUUGGGGUUCUUUGAUAUGCUGAAUCUAAACAUGUACUUAGAUUUUUGAUUAUUGGUCCAGUUUUCAAGUUGGUCCAAAUAUGGGUCCAAAAUUAAACUUUGUUUGAUUUCAUCAAAAAUUGAAUAAAUGGGGUUCUUUGAUAUGCUAAAUCUAACUGUGUAUGUAGAUUCUUAAUUUUUGGUCCCGUUUUCAAAUUGGUAUACAUUAAAGUCCAAAGGGUCCAAAAUUAAACUUAGUUUGAUUUUAACAAAAAAUAAAUUCUUGGGGUUCUUUGAUAUGCUGAAUCCAAACAUGUACCUAGAUUUUUGAUUAUGGGCCCAGUUUUCAAGUUGGUCCAAAUCAGGAUCCAAAAUUAUUAUAUUAAGUAUUGUGCAAUAGCAAGAAAUUUUCAAUUGCACAGUACUCAGCAAUAACAAGAAAUCUUCAAUUGCACAGUAUUGUGCAAUAGCAAGAAAUUUUCAAUUGCACAGUAUUGAGCAAUAGCAAGAAAUCUUCAAUUGCACAGUAUUGUGCAAUAGCAAGUAUUUUCAAUUGCACAGUAUUGCGCAAUAGCAAGAAAUAUCUUAUUGCACAAUUUCAAUUGGAGUUAUCUUUCUUUAGAUAUAGGAAGAUGUGGUGUGAGUGCCAAUGAGACAACUCUCCAUCCAAAUAACAAUUUAAAAAGUAAACCAUUAUAGGUUAAAGUACGGCCUUCAACACCGAGCCUUGGCUCACACCGAACAACAAGCUAUAAAGGGCCCCAAAAUUACUAGUGUAAAACCAUUCAACCAGGGAAAACAAACGGUCUAAUCUAUAUAAACAAAACGAGAAACACGUAUAUAUUACAUAAACAAACGACAACUACUGUACAUCAGAUUCCUGACUUCGGACAGGUGCAAACAUUUGCAGCGGGAUUAAACAUUUUAAUGGAUCCAAAACUUCUCCCUUUUUCUGAAACAAUAGCAUAACAUCACAACAUAGAAAAACACACGAUAAAAUAUCAAUUGGCAGACUUAACUCAAUCAAAACACGUAUGAUUACAAAAGUUUGUCCAGAAUAGUAGUUGAAUCAACUUAAAUCAUCGUUUUAUACAAUAUGCAAUGUAUAUUCACUUAUACUACCAACUGAUAAAUUAAAACAAUCUUUACCAUUCAGUGAUAACAAGCACUUUUUGUACAUUUUAAUAUUUUAUGAUGUAUUUAAAUGAGUAAUUAUUGUUGCAAACUCCAUUAGAAAUUUGAAUUGAGAUCGGUUUUGGAAUAAAGGACAAGGGGAUGUGAAAAAAAAAUUGAGGGUGGGGGAACGGGGGGGUUCAAUUUUUCUCAUUUGAAAUUUCAUAAACAAAAAGAAAAUUUCUUCAAAUUUUUUUUUGAGAGGAUUAAUAUUCAACAGCAUAGUGAAUUGCUCAAAGGCAAAACAAAAUUUUUAAGUUUAUAAGACCACAUUCAUUCUGUGUCAGAAACCUAUGCUGUGUCAACUAUUUAAUCACAAUCCAAAUUUAGAGCUGAAUCCAGCUUGAAUGAUGUGUCCGUACCUGCCCCAACCGUUCCGGGUUCAACCUCUGCGGUCAUAUUAAGCUGUGCCCUGCGGAGCAUCUGGUUCUCAUUCUGGAAUUAUUUCAAUAAUUUCAGGACUGUUUGUUCAAAUCUUUUGUCUUUAAUAUAAAGUUUGUAAUUACAACUAGAAACAGAUUAUGUAACUUCUUAGUUUCCCUUUUGCAGCAGCAAUAAUAGCUAACUUAAAUAAAAGUUUCCUCUUCCUGAAGCAGGGAGUAUUUACUAAAGAACUUGCUAAUGACCUCAAUAUUCAAAGAGGAGGAAUAUGGUGUACAUGUAUUUCAGCAGUAGCAAGCCAGAUUAGGUCGUAUAUUUCUAUAUUUCAACAUAUAGAGACCUGUUUGUGUUAGAAUCACUGCUCAGAAUGAAAAAUAAUGAGAUAGUGUUUGAUUCAAUGAGAAAACUAUCCACCAAAUGGUAAAAUCAUGUGAAUUUAAGCAACUAAAGCAGAAUGUACCGCAUUCAUCAAAAAGCAAAAUUGAUUUAUUGUUAGCUAAUAAAGCCCUACAUGAAAAAAUGUGAAACAAUUCAAACUGAUUUAUGAUCAAACAAAUAACUACUAAAAAGGUGGUUUUUACUGACCUUCACUUCCCAUUAGGGUGCAACAUGGUUGGUCUCCUUUUUUUAUUUUUUUUUAUUGCAGAAGUGCAUAUAUAAAAGGUUGUCUCCCUUUAUAUAGGACCCCAUCUAUAAGUACACAUAGUAUUAAUAAUGAAAUUUGUAUAUAUAUGUUCACCAUAAUUUUAACAUAUAAACAAGCUGUGUUUUUAUUGUAUGAUUAUCAUUAUGUUUUAUCAUGUAUAGUUACUGUAUUAUAAAUUUAUUAAAAUUGUCAACAUU